AUGCUGGCAAAUGCUAUCGUCCUCAGUGAUGACUCCGCCAUUGAGUCAGUCCUGUCGGAAAUACCGUUUUUUUGCGCUGGGCUUGUCGCGUUUGCUCUUUUGACUUUCUUUCUAGUCAUGAAACGUGUUGAUUUACUCUCUGUGUAUCUUUAUUCAUCUACUAUUUUCGCUUUUGGAGCAGCUGUCCUGGAUAUUAGCCAACUAUUGGAGCGUGGCACAAGUAACAUAAUGCAGGGUACGGGAAAGGAGGCGGUUAAGGCGAUUAUCAACACUGGAGAAGUUGGUUUCUCAAUAUCGGUCGGGUUACGAUUUUUGUUCUUCUGGAAAUUCGUCGCCGAAAGACCUCGCGGAGAACCACCACCCCUCGGUCCAGCCCUAUACACAUAUAGUCCUCGGGAACAAGCACACAGUGCAAGCUGGAAACGUUGGGGAUUUCUUGGACUCGUCCUCAAAUGGUCUUUGUUAUUGGCUACGCUUGCCCUCCCAAUCCUCCAAAUUCUCUGGAGAAUUGUUUUCCGAACAUAUGGUCCCGUGUACCUGGUAGAAUCCACGAUGCAGAUUAUCAUUUCCGCCUUAUUCGUGCUGAAGCUGCUGCUCAAUAUGUUUCUCUCCCCCGUCAUCUCACGCUGGAAAACAAUGGUACCAAACUUGGCUCCAUUCCUCGCCUUGAUGCUUAAUUUAGCCAUUGGUAUUGGCUCCCUGGUAAUCUUCACUUUUUCCGAGACUACACUCGGUCGGUUCCUCCAAGCGGUGGAGCUUUACAUCCUCAUGCUCUUUGUUCUCAUUUCAACCUUUCACAAUGUGCCCAAACGUCCCCCGCGAGCAGACACUGCUUCCUAUAUUGUUUCAGCUCCAGAAAAACCAACCCAGGCGCCUCCCGAAGUUUCUCCGACUUCCGCGACUAGGGAAUGGCCAAAUCUUCCAAGUCGUACCUCUAGGCGUCUUUCUUCUUGGAUAAUGGCACGCCGUAGUUCGCAUGCACCAAGUGGCGUGCGGUGGCUUGUAACCCCGGUGGAUGUGGAGCGAGAUACUCCAGGUAACCAACAGACUAAACCAGCGGAUGGGAUUGACCCUGUACUUAAGGUCUCGAAUGAAGGCCCAAUCCCUCGAUCUAACCCACUUCCGUCUCCCACUGUAACGACUCCCACUCGAACUCAGGAUGGCAGUAUCUUUCCCGAGCAAGUGAGAGAUAGGCGCCCAUCAACAGUAUUCUCCUUGUCGUACUAUGGCACGACUCAACCACGAGAUUCCGGCCUCUCUUUGCCCAGCACCCUUCCUGUUCCCAACCGCAACUCGCAGCGUGGGGCAGAAUCUCCAGUUUAUGGAUUAAACGGUUUAGUCAAUCAGACCGUUGAAAGGAAAACCCAAACGAGUUUCAGUUCUCUUGAUGAACUAUUGCGACAACAGAGUGAACUGGACAAGAGCAUAGCCAACUUACGACUGUUCUCAACAUUCGGUACCGCCCCUCCCGACGGACGGAUCGGUUCUUCUUCUUCGGCUUCCAAACCUUCCAGGACAGAUCGCACGUUCAGCUCAACGUCGAAUCACAGCGAGUUUUCUCUAAGCAUAUUUCCUGACCCACCCAAAUUUGGCGAGUCGGAGAGGAUAUUCCAGUCGUCAAAGUUCUCCACUACUCUGCGUGCGAAACGAACGAGUCUCCUGAAUGCUCAGCGUGGCUCAUCGGCCGAUAACGGACUCAUCUCUCACGCUCAGCCUGGUCGGUUAGACUCAGUGGGAACAUCCUACGAUGUCACUUCGUUCAUUGGUGGUUUAACAAAGCCCACCCCUACUCCUGGACACAGUCACGCUAACUCGUUUGAGAAAGACGCACCUGCCUUGAGUGACGUAGAAUCUGGAGAUGAAGGAAGCCCCCCUAUAACUGCGAAACCCAACCAGUCGAGCUUAGGAACAGAAGUUGUUGACGGUGAACAGAGUACAUCUACCGUUCGUUUGAGACCUUUUCUACUUGGAAAUGUGACAUCCCUACCAUCGAACCCUCCCCCUUUGGCACCCCGAACUCUAGACCCUCCCGCCGGCCCUCGCAAACCGAUUCCAAGGAAUUUGCAGGUGAAGCCUUUCAUCAGCAAUCCUCAGCGCAGUAGAGAGUCGGACCAUGCAUUUGAUUCUACCGCGUUUGAGAAACCUCGCCCAGCUCCUUCAGUUAGUCUUAGUUAG